CUUCGCUUCAGUGCCACGGAAGCCGCCGACGGGAGCCGAGCGGAGCCAUGCAUGGCGCGACCGUGCUGCCGCCUGGUGCCGGCCGCGGCGGCAGCAGCCGUCUACGCUCUGGUGGCAUACAUUGUGGCCUUCACCAUUGAGCUGUGGUGGAUUCUGGAUGCUGAAGUCCGCCUACCUGCACCAGCAUACCUUCUGUGUGCAGCUUACCUCCUGUCUUUCAUUCUAGCUGCUGUACUGCUCCAUGGCCUGACAGCAAAACGUUCCCCAUUAUUGCUGGUAUGGCUUUUUACUGCAGUAAUUUUGGCGCUUCCUGAGGCUGGACUUGUUUUGUUUCUCAGUCUCUAUUUCUGGCAGCUGACGUCAUUGAAUGGAAUGACAGAACUGGUCUUCUGGAUCUGUCGCCUAAUUUGCAAUGUGGGUGAAGUUGGCUGUGUUAGAGCCCUCUAUCGAUGUUGGCAUGAAGAGAAGCACCUUCUCCGAACGCUUCAGCAGUUACAUACUGCUUCGAGUCAAGGGAUACAAAAUGCUGCAUUUAUGGGUUCAGGUUCACUUGCUCCAUCUCCAAGGGCACCACACAGGGCAGUGGUCCCAGUGAGACAAGCUGUUCCUCUGCACCUUCCACUAGGCUCAGGCAGUGAAUUUGAUGCCUCCACUUUUCAUACAGCUCUGCAAAGACAUUGGGCUGUUAACCCCACUCAGGUGCUACCUCAAAGGCCACCACGGCUAACACGGACUAGAUCAAUGGUGGAUAUAAGAACUUGGCAAGGGUCAGCCAGCAAUGGCCUUGUGAGAUCACAUUCACUUUUAGACCUGCGGAACAUAGAACUUGUUUCAAACCGACAGUGGCAUCCACGAAUGGGUCCCGGUGUCAUGCAUGGUAGCAGACCAUCACUGGCAGAUUCUAUAGAUGGUGCACAUCGACUACGUGAUGUGGCACUUUGACUGAUUAUAUUCCAUUUCGAUAUGUGAAUUUAUGCAGAACUACAUGAAAUAUUUAUAAUGACAGAAUGAAAAGCAAUUACAUUAAUGUACCUUUUCUGGUGCUACAGGCUGACAAACAUUUCAGAUAAUGAUUUUUGUACUUGUCUAAAUGUACAAAAUUUAAUGAUUAUAAUAGUUCUAUACCAAGAACUGGUUAAAGAAAUUAAGAUCCCAAGGAAGGAUGUCUUAAUUAUCUAUUAGACAUAGGCAGCAUCAUCACAGAAUUCAUAAUAUUCUCUCUCUCUCUCUCUCUCUCUCUCUCUCUCUCUCACACACACACACACACACACACACACACA